CUGCUCAGUGCCUCAGAUUAAUCUCAGAUCUCGAAAAGAAGGAAACAAGGGGAGAGAGAGAAGAGAGAUGAAGGAGGCGACUACGCCGGGGGGCGCCAGCACGGGGGCGAACGACCCGAGGCAGCCGACGACGGCGAGGCCGUACGCGCCGCCGAAGCUGUCCUCGCAGGACCUUCCCGUCGACUAUGCGGGCUUCCUCGCCGUGGUCUUCGGCGUCAUCGGCGUCAUGCUCCGCUACAAGGUGUGCUCGUGGAUCGCGAUCAUCUUCUGCGCGCAGUCGCUGGCGAACAUGAAGAAUUUCGAGAAUGAUCUUAAGCAGCUCUCCAUGGCUUUCAUGUUUGCUGUGAUGGGUUUGGUGACAAACUAUUUCGGGCCUCCUCGUCCAGGCACUACAAAGCCCUAAUCUGGAUGCACAGCAAUCCGCUGUAGAAGUAUGUUGCCCACCGAAGCUAUUGUUGUGUCUGUGCUCGCAUCUCUGAAACCUCGGUUUGAGCACAUAUCAAAUGUACCACCUCAUCAGUUAGGGACCAAGACAUGUAUUAUGAGGCUCAAUAAUUUAUUUGCACGGGUACUUGCUCAUCCAGUUUCGUUAUAUAAGAUAUUCAAGCUUACAUCAGCACAUUGAUCAA